AUGUAUCUGAAACUGAAAGAGGGGUGUUCCCUAAUGCUGAAAAACCAUAAACCUUCAAUCCCCUUCGUCCUCAGCACAAAUACAAACACAAACCCACCUCAAAAUUCUCACCUGCAGAAAGAACCCAAUCACAAAGACACAAUUUUGAUUCAAGAAUCUGAAGUCUUGAAGAGAUUGACAAACCAAAAUGAUAUUGCACUAGCAUUGGAUUAUUUCAAAUCAGUCUCAAACUCGGGCUCUUUCAAACACACCCCUCAAACCUACGGGACGAUGAUAAAAAAACUCGGGCAAAAGGGCAAAAUGGAUUGGGUGCAGUACCUUCUGCAGCAAAUGAAGCUUGAAAGCAUAAAUUGUUCAGAAGAUCUAUUUAUUACGGUUAUCAAGUCCUACGGCCGGGUUAAGGCUGCUGAGCAGGCCUUGAAAACGUUCUACAGGGUUCGGGAAUUCGGCUGCGUGCCUACGGUUAGAAUUUACAACCAUCUACUGGAUGCCUUGCUUGGUGAGAACAGGUUUCAAAUGAUAAGCCCGAUAUACGGGAAUAUGAAGAGAGACGGGCUGCAGCCAAAUGUGUUCACUUAUAAUAUUCUUCUGAAGGCUCUGUGCAAGAAUAAUAGUCUCUCUGGGGCCCGCAAGCUGCUUGAGGAGAUGUCAAACAAGGGAUGUGAGCCCGACAACGUGAGCUACACGACUGUUGUGUCGUUUUUCUGUGAAUAUGGUAGAGUUGAGGAGGCUAGGGAUUUGGUAUCGAAAUUCAUUCCUAGUGUGCCCGUUUAUAAUGCGUUGAUCGGCGGAUAUUGUCGCGAAAGGAGAAUUGGGAAAGCAUUUGAGGUGUUAUAUGAAAUGGUUGAAAAAAGAGUCUCACCCAAUGUCAGGACAUACACAACGAUUUUGAAUUGCCUGUGUGACUUGGGCGAAAUCGAGAUCUCUUUUGCUGUCUUGUCCAAGAUGAUAGUGCGAGGAUGUAACCCAAACACACACACCUUUACUUCUUUGGUAAAGGGGCUGUCUUUGAAAGGCAGAUUGCUCGAAGCUCGUGAGGUGUUGGGUAAAAUGUCGGUUUACGGGUUUUUCCCAAAUGAAGUCACGUACAACACGUUAAUUCGCGGGCUUUGCUCGGCCGGAAAAAUGAGUGACGCAUUGUGCAUUCUCGACAAAAUGGAGGCAAGCGCGUGUCCUCCGAAUAUAACAACGUUUAGUACACUCAUCGACGGUUUUGUGAAAAUCGAGGAUUUAACAGGCGCGUGUGAUGUAUGGAACAAGAUGAUGUCUUUCGGUUGUCGGCCAAAUGUUGUAACUUACACAUGCAUGAUAGAUGCACUCUGCAACAAAUCCAUGUUCAACCAAGCUUAUGAAAUUGUGGAGAAUAUGGUGAAAAAUAAUUGUCCGCCAAACACGGUUACUCUUAACGUCUUCAUCAAAGGCUUGUGUGCCAAAGAUAGAGUAGAUUGGGCUUUGGAUUUGCAUAGUGAAAUGGGAAAACACGGAUGCACGCCAGAUGUCACCACGUACAACGAGAUACUAAACGGUCUAUUUAAAAUCAAGAACAUUCAACGUGCGUUUGAGAUCAUUUGUGAAAUGAAACAAAAGAAUAUGAAGUUUAAUUUAGUAACGUUCAACACUAUUAUGCAUGGCUUGUGCUCAUGCGGUAGGCUUGAUGAGGCUCGGAAGCUUUUGGGGAAAAUGAUGAUCGAGGGAAUAAAGCCUGAUGCUUUUACGUUAAAUAUAUUGUUGCAUGCUUACUCUAAGCACGGUUUUGUCGAUUUUGCUAACGAGAUUUUGAAAUUAAUGAGGAAGACGGGCCUAGGCCCGGAUAUGAUUGCUUACACUAGUUUAAUAAGCGGGCUUAGUGCGAGAACUGACUUUGAAGGUGUGAGUGUUUAUCUUGAGAGAAUGAUCAGUGAAGGGCUCUUGCCGAAUAUUUCAAUGUGGGGCCUUUUAGUUCGGAGUUUGGUUAGUAGGGUUGGGAGUUUUGGAGCAACAGAGCUUGUGAAUGGUGUAUUGAGUAGUAAAUCAGUUGAUUAA